CCGCUCCGUGGCAGAACGUAAUUUAAAAAAUUAUGGUCAUUUGGUUGUCAAUAUGACAGUUUUAAUUUUAAAUUAUAUUUAUGUCUAGUCCGGAAUAAGUUGUGAUUGAAAUAAUAAAAAACAAUAAUGUAUCUUUUGCAAUUUUUUUAAAGCGGAUCCUUGUUUUUAUUUUAUUUAAAUAGAGAAACUCAAGCACAAGGAAAAGUACUUGGACAAAAAGAUUCGCAUUUUUUCUCGCUUCGUUCGGAAGAAAGCUCUCGGUGUUAGUUUCGUAACGCCAUCUGUUAUCUGUCAAUGGAAAUACGACCAUAUCGAAGACAGGACAUCAGUAGGUGACAAGGAGAGAGUCAAAGAACUAGUAAGAGUGUUACUAGUUGAAUCGAAGUAUAAAAUUAAUCAGAUGGACUACAUUAGGAACAUGUUCGCGAACACUGCUGGCUUCCAAGUCGGGACCAUCAUUGGAACCAUACGGGAGAAGUACAAGACGAUGUUGAUAGUUUACAAACAGAAAGAAAAUAGAUAUCUAAAAAAAGCAACUAUUCAAGGGGCAAGAACCCCAGUGAGAAGACCCUUGCACUACUUCCUGAGGAUGGAAUUGCUGAAUAGGUUGGAGUUCGAAAUCGACAGAUUGGUGCAUGUUUUAGAAACUACAGUUCCCAAAGCGACAUUCAAAUUGCCCAACUUCAGACGAGCCAAUCGAAGGACGGAUUACAACAUGGAGGAUAUAAAGAAAUAUAGAGAUGAUUUUUUCAAAAAACUCAACAUAACAACCAAAUUCAAAGACGAAGAAGAUUAUAUGAUUUAGAUUAUAGUUACCUGGAUUUAUA